AUGUUGAAGCCAGAAAUUUACUGUCACUCCAUCAAAACUUUACUCCCACUUCAUAAGCCAUUUCACCAUGGCAGUGGCCGGUCCAUGCCUCCUCCUAACUCUUCCCCCACCUUCAACAAAAUCAGCAAAGGUGUUCAAGUUAGCUCUGUCUGCAGCAAAAUCAAAGCCAUUGCAACAGCUACUCAGAAAUCUGAUCGUGUAAAGGCCACUGUCAAUGUUAAAGAAACUGUUAGUGACUUCAUCACUCACCUUGGGCUCGAGCGAGGGCUAGAUGAUUUACAAGAUUUGCUCGGUAAAUCAAUUCUAUUGGAGCUUGUCAGCAAGGAGUUGGACCCUAGGACGGGAUUGGAAAAGAAGACGAUGAAAUCAUUUGCGCACCGGGUGGGCCAGGAGGGUGAGGAUAUAAAGUACGAAGCAGAGUUUGAAGUUCCAAAGGAAUUUGGGGAGGUUGGAGCAGUUUUUGUGGAGAAUGAUCACCACACAGAGAUGUAUAUCGAUGAAAUAGUGAUUGAUGGCUUCUCCAAUGGCCCGGUUAGGGUGAACUGCGGCUCCUGGGUUCACUCCAAGUAUGAGGAUCCUCAUAAGAGAGUCUUUUUUGCCAACAAGUCGUAUUUGCCAUCGGAGACACCAAAGGGAUUGAAGAGGCUAAGAGAGGAGGAACUCCGGAGUUUGCGAGGAAAUGGCAAGGGAGAGCGCAAACGUUUCGAAAGGAUAUAUGAUUAUGACGUUUACAAUGAUCUUGGCGACCCUGAUCACAAUCCCCACCUUAGAAGACCCGUAUUGGGUGGUAAAGUUUUCCCUUACCCUAGACGCUGUAGAACUGGGAGGCCACCAUGUGAAUCAGAUCCAUUAUUGGAGAAAAGAAAUGGUCACUUCUACGUGCCUAGAGAUGAAUGCUUCUCAGAGAUAAAGCAGCUAACAUUUUCGGCAAAGACUGUAUGCUCAUUGAUGCAUUGCUUGAUACCCACUGUUGAGAACACAAUUGUCGACCAUAAUAUGGGAUUUCCGCACAUCGCCGCCGUGGACUCACUUUUCAGCGAAGGACUUAACUUGCCUCCCCUCAAGGAACAAGGAAUUUGGAACACUGUCCUCCCUAGGCUUUUCAAGGCCAUCACUGAGGGAAGUGCAGAUGUCCUGCGGUUUCAGGCCCCUGAUACCAUGACUAGAGACAAAUUCUUUUGGUUUAGGGAUGAGGAGUUUGCCCGGCAAGCACUUGCUGGUCUAAAUCCACUUAGCAUUCGGCUAGUUACGGAAUGGCCAUUGAAGAGCAAACUGGAUCCUAAGAUCUACGGUCCAGCACAGUCAGCAAUCACCACAGAAAUGAUUGAGCAAGAAAUUGGAGGUGUCAUGAUCGUCGAGCAGGCUAUAAAACAGAAAAAAUUGUUCAUUCUAGAUUACCAUGACAUAUAUUUACCCUAUGUCAAGAAAGUCAGAGAGCUUAAAGGCACAACAUUUUAUGGAUCAAGAACACUAUUUUUCUUAAACUCUAAUAACACAUUGAGGCCACUAGCCAUCGAGUUGAUACGGCCACCAAUGGAUGGAAAACCACAGUGGAAAGAAGUGUAUGCACCUUCUUGGGAUUCCACGGCCUGUUGGCUCUGGCGGCUUGCCAAAGCUCAUGUACUUGCUCAUGAUGCAGGCUAUCAUCAACUUGUUAGUCAUUGGUUGAGGACUCAUUGUGUCACUGAGCCUUAUAUUAUUGCAACCAACCGGCAACUCAGCGUGAUGCACCCAAUAUAUAGGCUGUUACAUCCUCAUUUCCGGUACACAAUUGAGAUCAACGCAUUAGCUCGAGAAUCACUGAUCAAUGCUGAUGGGAUCAUCGAAAACUCAUUCUCGCCUGGCAAGUACUCAAUGGAGCUUUGUGCUGUUGCCUAUGACUUGGAAUGGAGAUUUGAUCAUCAAGCUCUGCCUGCAGAUUUAAUUAGCAGAGGGAUGGCCGAAGAGGAUCCAAAUGCUCCUCAUGGUCUAAGACUAACCAUCAACGACUACCCUUUUGCAAAUGAUGGUCUACUUAUAUGGGAUGCCCUCAAACAAUGGGUUUCUAAGUAUGUCAAUCAUUACUAUCCAAAUGCAAGUCUUGUGGAGUCAGAUGAAGAGCUUCAAGAAUGGUGGACAGAAAUUCGUACAGUUGGUCAUGGUGACAAAAAGGAUGAACCAUGGUGGCCUACUCUCAAAAUCCCACAAGACCUAAUUGAUAUCAUAACAACUAUAAUUUGGGUUGCUUCAGGUCAUCAUGCAGCAGUGAACUUUGGACAAUAUGCGUAUGCAGGAUACUUUCCUAAUAAGCCUACCAUUGCUAGAACCCAGAUGCCCACUGAGGACUCCUCCGAUAAAGAAUGGAAAUCCUUUUUGAAAAAUCCAGAAGCUGUGCUUCUUCAAUGCUUCCCUUCUCGAAUGCAAGCGACAAAAGUGAUGGCUGUUUUGGAUGUGCUGUCGAAUCAUUCACCGGAUGAGGAGUACUUGGGAGAAGAAAUGGAGCCAUCAUGGGGUGAAGAUCCAAUCAUAAAAGCAGCAUUUGAAAAACUUAAUGGGAGAUUGAAGGAGAUUGAAGGGAUCAUUGAUGAAAGAAAUAGAAACAGCAGUCUCAAAAACAGAAGUGGAACUGGGAUUAUACCAUAUGAGCUUCUGAAGCCAUUUUCUGAGCCCGGUGUUACAGGAAAGGGAGUUCCAUACAGCAUAUCAAUAUGAAAUUAAUGUGGGCGGUGAGAAUCUCAUUGAUCUUAUGUUAAGAGAACAUAAAAUUAAUGGAUAAGAUAGUAGAUGUAAUGAAAUUUCCGAAUGUAUUGACCUGUUAUUGUUUUUGACUUUGGUAAUUAAAGUUGGACACUUUUAUUCCGGAUGAUUGAGAUUUCAAUUGUCCAAAAUAAGCAGGAAUGACUUGCUAUAUGAUACAAGUGAGA